AUGCGAGACAGCCUGAUCAGCCUGCCUGCGAGCUGGUCAGGAGUCCUUUGUCUGUACUGGACGUUUUGCCGCCUGGGUCUGUUCUCGCCUUCGAAAGUCCAACCACCUAGGCAGUUCUCCUACUCCGACGACCACUCCGCCCGACUCCAACACCCGCCCAACUCCAACAAACUCGAGCACACUCUUCCUACCUCACCACACCAUGAAUCGCCCUUUCCCUCCACAACGGACAACGCCAUGGACCUCACGCCCCAAGCAAUCAUCCAUCUCCCCUCAGAGCCUGACGAUGUCGAUACGCCGGAGGACGGUUUUCUCACUUCGCCACAUCAUGAUUCGCCCCUUCUCCUCAUGACUGGCAACGCCAUGAACCUCAUGCCCCAAGCAGAGAGGCCCAUCUCUUCCGCGCCUCACGAUGUCGACACACCUGAGUACAGUUCUCCCACUCCGCGACAUUAUGAUUUACCCUAUCCCUCCUUCACGGACAACGCUCCCGGCGAUAUCGACACACCGAAUCGAAGUUCUCCCACCUCACUGCAUCAGAAUUCGCCAACUCCCUCCAUCACGGAUAACGCUGUGGAUCUCACGCCCCAAGCAGAUAGCCGAUGUCCUCCGAGCAUGACAAUAUCAACAUGGAAGAUCAAGUCAAUCAAGGAGAUCAUGAAGAAUCCCAAACCGUCACCACCCAAGAAACGCAAACUGCCACUCUGCCAGAAACAUCUGAGCAGAGCGCCACUCAUGGGUUUCCGCGAGCUUGACGGCGUAACCUCUACAGUGAGAACAGUCUAUGGCGUGAAAAAUGCUUUCGACGUGGCAAGUCUUUGGAUGUCCCCAGCGCCUGCGAGUCUUGCUGCCCACGUCAAUGCCACGACCAGGCGCUCGUCACCUGCUGGAUCGGCAUACGUUCGAGACCUACGAUCUGGAGUCACUGGACUACAUCGUCGAGAAACUCCGCCAGAUCUCAGCGAUGGUGUGCAGCAGGUUUACCAAACCUCCAGCAGCGUUGCUUCAGUUGAACGGGCGGCAAGAUUGUCUUCACUUGUGAUCACAAGCUGGAGCCAUAGCGGCCCAGCAAUACAUCAGCAACGCCAAUGGUCCGAGUACUCGAUCCUGACCUCAGCGAGCCCAACAGCAUUGCAGCUAAGGCUAGACAUGGAUGAUGUCCAAGAUGAGAAAGAGUCCAAGAAAAUUCCAGCUACGAUUGCUCCAACGAGAAACUGUGACCACACCAAGCCGAAGUCGAAGGGUAGGGCAGGCAUGGGAAAGAGGCGCAAACUGGACGCCAUCGAGACUGACCUAUCAAACCCGACUACUGGAGAUGCCACGAUAGCAGAACCCUGUGCGCAGCUUCCUCGCGGCUCCAUGGAAAUUGUCACGCCACCUCCUGGAGAUUUCCUUUUGAUUAAAGAUGGCGAAUGUUCCUUUCCGAGAAAUGGUUGCAAUUCUCGAUUCCCUUCGUCUCGCAUGUCGCGUGAUGAAGCUCACCGCCAUGCCUCGGCGAAGUCUCCGAGCAAAGAGCCUGGGUGUAGGUUCUCGGCGAGCGGGCGUGGAAGCGUGCUGGGUGAUAUGGGCGUGGAUGUGGCAAGGAAGACUUUCAUGGACUCACCUACACCGACGACAAGAGAGCAACAGAAGAGGGUGUGUUAUGCUGGCGAUGUCAUCAAAAUGUUCGCUGGUGGUGAUUUCGGUGGGGACGUUCGCAAAGGCAACAACGUGCCGGGCGACAGGGAAGAGGCAGAUCAGAUGGCACUGGCAUUCAGACACUUACCAAUCUUUGACGCGAUCAAGCAAAAACAUUUUCCACAAAGCAUGAGCACUGGGUAUCUCAUUCUUAUCGACAUUGUGCUUGACCUCGUCCAAAGGCAAGCUGGAGCCGACGUUGCAAUCCCGCUUCUUUACAUCUUUCUUUCUGUCGACACAUCUCACCUCACCUCACCUCACCUCCCAGGCUUCGUAGUCAUUCAACUCACAGUUACUUGGUGGUUGCGUCAUCCCGUUGCCACUUCUCGCAGGCUGGCGACCGCAGCUGGCAUCACACUUGUUGAUCAAGUAUCUAUCCGGAAACUCAAAUACUCAUCCCAAUGUUCUCGAUUCUCACGAUGCUACGGACGAAAGAAUGCCUGUUUGAUCUUGCCGCAACAGCCAUCACACUUGAUCAAGUAUCCAGAAAUUCAAAUACUCAUCCCACAGCCAUUAUACUUAAUCAAGUAUCCAGAAUUUCAAAUACUCAUCCCAGUGUUCUCCAUUCCCACGAUGCUGCGUGUGCUAGAAUGCUCAUUCUAUCCUGCCGCAGCAUGCCACUCUCUUGGUUCUCAUCCUGAGCGUUUUUUCGUCACCAUCACAUCUCAAUGCUCUGCAACACCCACAUGCCCAUUGAUCUUGUCAACCAUGGCGGAAAAGUCACCCACAUCAUCAUUUGUUCCCACGCCCGUCGUACACGUUGAUGGCCCAUCGUUUCUUCUCCCAUCUCUUCAGAGCUUCUUACGAGUGCUCAGCUGGACUCCUGCUCAGCCUUGCCUUGUUCAGACCAACGCAUCUCGACACCACUCCAAGAAGUGCAGCAGUCGCAACUCGAUCCGGGCUCAGUGCACUCCUGCUGCGGCCAUGAGGGUUCUAUGUGCGGUGUUCCACUACGAUCACAAGAUACUCCAUGCCAGACAGUGGGAGGAAGAAGGAAAUGAGGAGUCGGCUCUGCUUGUUCUCCAUAGCGUUCUGCAAUUGAUCGACGUCGCCAGGUGCACCCGACACGAGGAAGGCUGGUCAGGCGCAGAGGCCGACGAUGGGGUACUGAUUCAGAUUGUUGGCGACCUCAUUACGGCAGCAGAGACGGUCCUGAAAGAGCAGCAGCAGGACCAGGCCCAUGUGCGCUGGGAUGAAGAAGAGUAUGCAGAGGCGGCAGGACUGUUGUUGAGGACUCGCUCCAGUGGCUUGGAUCGAACUCUGGAAGUGUCCAGCUUCACCCACGUAUGGAUGGAGAGGCUAAGUCGAGGAUUCGCAGACUUCUUGGUAAGAAUUGUCUCAUUGUCUGCUUCCUCUUGGUUCUGGAAGCUGAUUCAAGUCCAGACAACACGACCUUCACCUCUCCGUACUCAGACUGGUGGAGAUGAAUUGAGACAUGAUGUCUUCACUGAGGACGGAAGCAUCUACCCACCAUUCGCACAGUUCCAGAGCAGCUCUGGAUGUGCUCAUGGUGCUUGUUGGCGGCCGAGUGUCAAGGACGAUGGACGUAGCAAUGCUUCUCAGUGUCUCUCCAUAUUUGCCAGGAGAAUGUCCUCAAAGAGUGGCAGUGUUGGUGUGACUGUAAACAAUGCUGGUGACUUCCGGGGAAUGGCCGAUGGAGAUUCUAGCAGAGCGAUGACAUCUGGGACGACGACGCCUGAGUUGUUCCUUCUACAAUAUCGCCCAACCCAUGAAUACCAGAGCCUUUCCAAAGCGCCCUGUUUUAUUGAAGCCGAGGAUCUUCGACGCUUUUGCGGUCGUACAUUUGGGACUGCGAAGCGAUCGUUAUUCUUCCACGUGUUCGCCAACGUUCUCCUCUCUAUCGGCCUCGUAGCAGGCACCACGAGCAGCGUGGGAGCCGACAUCUUCUGGCGGUGGGCUGGGGCCUUGUUGUAUAAGGGAGUCUAUGAGACAGUUACCCAGGGUGAUGCCGCGUUGAAGCUGAUGGAAUCUCCACGCAGACUCCCAUCGACUGGCAAGCCGUACAUCAAGGCGUGUUGGACCAGAUGCGAGGGCGAAAGGAGCGCAACAGGCACGAUGGGUGAUGGACGUGGGAACAGUGUCGACACGAUGGCGGCGGAGUUUCCAGGCGGAGCGGAGAAGAUGAAAAGCGGCCACAGUCCUUGGCACGCCGGGAAGUGGAGUGAUCGAACUGCUUUCUCGAGUCCGCUGCCGUCAGACUUCACAACGACAUGCUCUCCCAUCUCUGCCGACAACCAUCUCCAACGUCAUGCGUCUGGUACUGACGGAUAUGCAUCUGCUACCCAGCCUGUGUCUGUGCCUAUCACCGCAUGGCGUACUCCAGUCGCGAAAGGCGAUACUCGGACAAGUAUUCAUCUGAGAAUGCCCGCGCUUUCUCCCCGUCUGUCGGCUGAGCAUGUAUACCAUGACCAGUACUUCCUGCCCUCUUCUCUCUCUCUCUACACGAACCACGCAGAUUUCUAUUGCUCUUGCCAAUACAUCAGCAGCAGCAUCCUCACGGCACUCUAUACUGCAGCCCGCGCUCCACGCCGGACUCCACAGAAUACUCAAGCAAGCAACCCAACGCGGCCCGCCAUCUUCCGCCAUCUUCCAAUGCCUCCUCAACCACCACUGCGCACUACCGACGCCUUCGCGCGACUCAACACCAUACUCCAGCGCCUGAACCACAGCCCCGCAAAGAUCGCCAUCACACGACAAGUUACCUACCAUGCUACUGUCGCGCUUGACAAUCGCACCCAGGAACUCCUCGCCAGUGACGAACUGGCUCCCGCGCUGAAGAAACACAUCCGCAGCAAGUGGUCGAGGGGCAAGAAAGCCAGCGAGGAGAGGACUGCAAAGGAGGCGCUGGCGCGGGAAGUGGCAGAGUGCUUGGACAUUGCUUUGACGGCGCGGAAGGGCCGCUUAGGAGGGCGAGGUGGAGAAGAUGGAAACCUGAACAAGAGCAUGACUACUCCGCCCCGUGUCGCGAGGAAGAGGUCUGCGGAGGAGGAUCAUGCUGAGUCGGGAGGGCGAAGUGGAGAGAUGGGAAACCUGAAGAAGAGCACAACUACUCCGCCUCGUCUCGCGAGGAAGAGGUCUGCCGAGGAGGAUUAUGCUGAGUCGGGACGGCGAAGUGGAGAGAUGGGAACCCUGAAGAAGAUCACAACUACUCCGCCUCGUCUCGCGAGGAAGAGGUCUGCCGAGGAGGAUUAUGCUGAGUCGGGACGGCGAAGUGGAGAGAUGGGAACCCUGAAGAAGAUCACAACUACUCCGCCUCGUCUCGCGAGGAAGAGGUCUGCCGAGGAGGAUCAUACCGAGCCCGGGGAAGUUAGGGAAGAGGAGAGCAGAGGCGGAGCUAGGACAUCACCUGCCCAGAAGAAGCGCAAGACUGUGGCAGGUGUACAAGAGUGGGAUGCCGGUUACCAGGAGCGCGAGCAGCGAACCGCGCCUCGCAGCAGGCGCAAUCUGCAUGAUCGAUGGGAGGUACUAGGCAUUGUGUAUCACAAUGAUUGUGUAUCACAAUGGAGCAUAUGGCACAGUCGGACAGCGAAGACAAAAUCCAGAAUGAGAGCACAUAGAAUGAGGGCACGAUUGGUUACGAGCAUACCGAACAUGCGUACUAUUCUUUGCGAGGCAAUGCAAGCACUGUUUUCAGCUGCUUCGAGAAGGAGAGGCGGCAAUUUUUUCAUUCAUCCACCUUUUUCAUCCACUUUUUCCAUCCACCUUUUCCAUCUACCUUUUUCAUCCACCUUUCUUCAUCCACCUUUUUGGCGUCUGCAAUCAACUGUAGACUCAACUCCACGAGGCGAACUGAUAAUGCUGACGAUUCUUCUCGACAUCACAGGCGCAGAUCUCCAAGGCAGCAUUGGCAAAGAACAGCAGCAUAAACACCAGCAACACCUGAAGCAACGAAUCAUGAGCUCAGCACUCGACAUUUUGAUGAUCCAAUUGCAACAUGAAACAGCGGAAAUGAGAUUGGGAUACUACUCGAUGGUGGAAGAUCGAUUCCCGCACAGGCAACUGGAUGACUACUGUGAGAGUGUCAUGAUCAAGAUCGAACACAAAAACGCGGUGCUACAGGCCCAAAUGGAACAACAUGCCAGGACAGUCACCAAUGGGGCCCACAUCUCUGCCAUGACGAACUACACGAGACUUGUCAUUUUCAACCUGACUACUUCCAUCGGAGACGUUCUCCCAACGAUGCAUUGUCCGGCUCAUAGCCUCGUCGAGAUCGAGCAGAGAACUCGCGAUGAUUCGCUCGAAGUCGGGCAUCAUGCUGAGCUACAUUCCAUCUUGGGAUUCCUCAUGAAUCGCAAAGCCAGGAUCAUCAUAUGCAGGAGGCAACGCAUGGCCGCAGUCGACUUCGUUUGCAUCCUCCUGGUCAACGUCUGCUUCCUCGGAUGUUCCGCGUCCUCGUACCGCUCGCUCGUCAGCUUUCAGAAAGUCCGCCUUACCCCAGGUGUCCUCUCCUACAGUGGCAAGAAUGUCCGGACAUCGCCGGUGAAGCUUGCCAGGGUGAUGAAGAUCAUCAAGGAAAUGUUCACACCUCGCCCGAUUGACGAAGAUCAUCCAAGAGAUGUUCACAGAAGUUUGCGAACACGAAAGCUGCCAACGCCAACAAGGCAAGACCGACCCGAUGAUCGGCCUCCAACUUAUGUAACCAACUUUGUUCGGUUCAAAGGCGGCGUAAUGAGCCUGGAAAUUGCCUCAGCAUUCGACAUGGCAAGAUCCUGCUUGAUUGGGAGCCUGUCUAUAAGCCUUCUGGUCUACGCUGGAAAUAGUCAUAUCAACGAAUGGCAAGUCUCGCUCUGCGAUACCAUGAGUCAGUCUUCCUUUGCGACCGGAGCUCCUGGGCAUUCAAUGUCUCGCGACCGAAUUUGCCAUGACUCCGAGCAUGAUCUAGCGAUAUUACCACUUCUUUGGCGAUUGACGACGAUUACCAGAAACAGGACCACCAGUGCAGUUGAUGCAACGAGACUGAAGCAAGGUGAUCCUCGCAGUAAGAAGCCGAGACAGCUAGACAACUCUCUGGCGAUACUACGCAAUCUCUCCGGGUUUCCCACAAUGACUAAAUCCCUACAUUUCGCAGGAACCGAUGACAAAGUACCUCCAUUGCCCCUCAAAAAUAUAUCUUUAGCAAGCAUUCAGCCUGUAUAUAUCCAUGCGAGGCAUGAUCGCUUCUCGACAGACGUUUCAGACUCUACAGUACUGCUGCCACAAUCGUCGAUGAUGGCAAAGAUCACAAAUCCCAGUAGAACAAGAGCCUGGACGACUAUGACAAAUCGCAGCAACACCUCUCACUUAUUCAUCUCCGGCAGUUUCCUAGGAUCGGCAACAUGGUAUAGCAGCACCCCACAAGUGAUUCUUCCACUACGGUUGAAUCAUUCAGCCUACACAGGAGCGUUUCCCAACGACUUUCGCCUGACGAACUGCAUCAGCUGCAUUGGGUUGUGCUCGGGUGCCGAUGGCAAGUAUCUCCAAAGACUCACCCCCGAUCAGCCAGCAGCACUCCUCAUGGACGCCAUAUCAAAAGUUACGAGCUUUUCAAUCAAUAUUGAUUCGUCCAUUCCACUCGGCCAACUGACUUCGAGCGAAAUACUCUCCAUAUCGAUAAUUCAAGCGAUGGGCGGCCCACUUCUGUCCUUGGCCCCGAACCUCUCUCAAGCGAUACCCAUGAGUCGCCAAACCGCAAUACCAAGCUUGAUGCACUUUCUGGCAGAUCCCGCGGAGCCAGGGAAUCCCUACAAUAGCAAGGCGAUUCAUAUCACAUCUUCAUACAGCCCGCUUCGUUUCCCAAUCCCCAGUCGGAAGCCGCAAAGUCGAAUCUGGAAUGGGAUCCAGAUGCACAUAUUCUGCAAAAGAAUACGGAACGAAGGCUAUGUCGUGUUCCAGACGACCGUACACAGAGACAUUGGGAGUCACUAUGAUUACGACUACGAGACAUGCAGCAUCACCGCACGCACCCCUUCACACUGGCUACAAGGACUCCUCACCCACACCCUCCUCAACAUAAAGGGCCACGACUACAGCGCAGAGCAGAGCAACAAGAGAGGAUGCAAAACAGCAACUCCACCAUCCUGUAUUUAUACACGCGAAAAGCAAGUUGGCCGCCCGGUAUUUUAUUUGUACACGCGAAAAAGCAAAUUGGCCGCCCGGUAUUUGUACAAAAAGCAAAUUGGCCACCCAGUACUUUAUCACAACAAAAUCAAAAAGCAAACAUCUCAAACAACCAGCUGCCGCCAUGAGCUUCAUCCAAGCAAAAUGCAUGCAGUCAGGAUGAUCAGGCGCCAUCUCACGGCAGCACUGAGGACAUUGGACAAUCUGUACAGACAGCAUCACAGCUACUCGUCGGAGGGACGAGGCGCGGUAAGAGGUAAAGGAAAGAGAGGCUUUUUCUACUUGUCCAAGUAA